AUGAGGCUUUUGUUUUGCAAGAUUCAUUGUCCUCCCUUCAUUUGUUUCUGUAAACCUUCCCCUCAUAUAUACACUCCUGGACCACUGAAAUUAGAGGAUAUCCCACAUCCACCCUUGCCUUCAAAACUUGUGUCAGUUCCUGAAACAUCUGAUCAGUUAUCUGAUGACACCAAUGAGAUCAAGGAGGAGAACUUAGAUGGGAUUCCAAAACCAGCUGAGCCUUGUCUCAAAAGUAGUCUCAGAAAACGCAUUUCGGACUCCAGUGCUCCAAAACAGGAGCUCAAGAAGAGAGUACAAUGGAUGGACUUUUUCGGGAAAGAACUUGUUGAGAUCAGGGAAUUUGAAUGCAGUUUUUCCUUGGGUGGAACUCUUAGUAGAGAGAUUGAAUUACAUCAGAUAACAGCCCGGCUGCAGGAUCUGAAAAGAGAAAAGGAAACUUUUAUUAAGUUUGUUUGGAUUGAUCCAACCAUAACAUUCAUGUGA